CUUUCUUCGCCUGUUCCCAUUCGCGGUGCCCCCUUUUUCCCCCCCUCGCUUGCCCAGUUCAGUUAUGGUAAUUUUCCGGGUAGAAACAAUUUUCUAUACGAGUGGUUCCUCUACUCACAUGCCCUAUUUAUAGAGCUAUUCCGUUCUAUAUAUCGCUUCCUGAUUUGCCGCCUUGACUAAGCGAAAGUGAGAGCAAAACAGCCUUUGUAAAACAAUAGGAACGCCUAAAUGAGAGGAAGGGGACAUUUUACAGUGUCGCGCGCGUUUGGUGGUUGCUACGGUAGGUAAACCCGCCUGACAGCUCCGCCGUCGCUGAUUCGUGAGCACCGCCACGAGGUGGCAGUUGCCUCAGAAUUAAAAUAUGGCUGGACAAAUAUCAGAAUCAGAUCAGAUCAAGCAGUUUAAGGAAUUUCUUGGAACAUACAACAAACUAACAGAAACCUGCUUCCUAGAUUGUGUGAAAGAUUUCACUAGCCGAGAAGUGAAGCCAGAAGAAAUAACUUGUUCAGAACACUGUUUACAGAAGUAUUUAAAAAUGACCCAGAGGAUAUCUAUGAGAUUUCAGGAGUAUCAUAUUCAGCAGAACGAAGCAUUGGCUGCCAAAGCAGGACUUCUCAGCCAGCCCCGCUAGAAAACAGCAGAUUGUCCCACAUGAAGGAGUGCCAGCAUUGCCUACACUACAUGUGAAAAUGCCUGGUGUCUAGUGCUAUUCUAACAAGACCUACCACCAGCUCAAAAUGGGAUUGUUUAAAGAAUGAUUCAGUUGUCUCGAAAUAUCUGGUCUACAGUUGGGAUUGAACAGCCAUGGAGUUUAUGGAGCUUUUUUUCAAGAUUAUCUUUUACUGUAAUGCAGGAAUAAUGUUGAUUCCAUCUUUUCUGGAAAGAUGGGUUGGUUCUACGUGUUAAUCAGUUACAGAUAAAGAACGAAAACACAUUUUAUUUUUUAUUGUUUCUAAUAUAGUGAUUAUUCAUUUUAAAAGAAAAAUGUGUUGUCCAAAAUUAUAUGUAAAAGUGUCUAAAACAAGCUUUAUUUUUUAUUUAAUCAAAGUAAAAGAGGUAAGAAUUA